AUGCUGGAAUACAACAGCUCUUUGAGUAUCCUGCUCAUCGAAGCCGGUGAAGAUACUCGAGCUCGAACGGACAUCUUAUACACCAAUGCCACUGAUCUCAUGGGUGGGGAGCUUGACUGGCAGUACCCGACCGAACCAGUCGCAGCACUUAAUGACCGCACUCUUGUUUUCAAUCAAGGCAAGGGCCUCGGCGGUGGCGCUGCUAUCAAUUCCUGUGGGUACACACGCGGGCCCCGAGUAGACUAUGACGAGUGGGCUGAACUCGUCGGCGACGAGCGUUGGAGCUAUGAAAACCAGUUGCCUUACAUGAAAAAGGCCGAAGACUGGUUCAACAGCAACAACGCCGCCCAACACGGUAACGUUCCUGAGCUCCCAGACCUCGACAGCAAUGUGGGCGACAACAUCGGGCGCGCUGAGCUGACCGAGACUCGUCGCGACGGCAUCCGUCAGCUGACCCCUGUGGUCUAUCCUCUCGACAGUAUCGAGGUUCUCACCGAGACACUUGUUGAGAAGGUUCUGCUUUCCGGUAGUGCGGACGAUGGAGAGCUGCAAGCUACUGGCGUCCAGCUUGCAAAUGGCACCCAGAUUUUCGCCAACAACGUUAUCUCAGCCGCUGGUGUCUAUCGCUCUCCGCAACUCCUUAUGUUGUCUGGCAUUGAUGAAGCGGCAGCAUUAGAGAAGCACAACAUCAGCGUGAAAUUGGACCUCCCUGAGGUCGGGAGAAACCUGAUUGACCACAUGUCGUUUUACCAAUAUUGGAAGCUCAGAAGCCCAGAGAAUGGUUACGCACUCGGAUCCAGUAACCCAAUUUUUAGCCAGCCCGAGUUCAGCACGGGGUACCCUAUUGAUUGGGUGACAUCAACGGGGUUGGGUAAGACUGGUCUUGCUUCUGCCAUUGAGAAGGAUGAAGGAGUUGCCCCAGACGCUGCAUCUCACUCUCUGCUCAGCGCCAACCGCACCUUCCUCGAGAACUUCGUCAUUUACCAGGCCUAUAGUGCCUCCAAUCCCUCUAUUCCGAUGGACGGUUCGCAUAUCUACACCAACAUUGUCUCCUUUCUGCCUACAUCUCGCGGAACCGUCAGUCUUGCAUCUGCUGAUCCUGCAGAUAGUCCCGUCAUCAACCUCAACUAUCUCGACACGGAGGUCGAUCGUCAUGUCUACCGGGAGGGCAUCCGUCAAAUGACAAAGCUGAUGCUAAAUACUGCCUUCGGCAAAGAGUACAUUGUUGGAGAAACUGCUCCUGACAACACCGAGCCAGUUUCGCUGGAAGAUACUGACGAGUACCUUCACUCCCGUCUGGCCGAAAGCGGCGUCACUACAUGGCACCCCCACGGAACCUGUGCGAUGGGCAGUGUUGUCGACUCCAAUCUCAAGGUCAAGGGCGUGAAAGGCUUAAGGGUUGUCGAUGCGUCUGUCUUACCCGUCCCCAUUGCGGCUCAUUUGAUGGCACCUUUGUACGCCAUGGCGGAACAGGCUGCUUCUAUUAUUACUGGUAAUUGA